AUGGCUACCGCAGCGCAAAGUCCGACCUCCCAAACCACGAAUGGCGACACUCACGAUUUGCCCGCGCCCGCACCUACAGCAAAGAAAGGCAAGGGAAAGAAGGACAAGCAACUCAGCGCCGAGGAAAACGCAAAAUUAGUACAGGCGCGGCUGUCACAGCUGGAGCAGGAGAAGGCGGGCGAUAAAGCUCAGCAGGCGGAGAUCGACCGUGAGGUGAAGAAAGCCAUCCGCGACCUCAAUGAGUUAAUCAACGGCGUUGAGCCCCUCAAGGGGAUCGACCUCGUCAAGCAGAAAUAUGAGGAGCUCCUUGCUGAAAUGAAAAAGACGGAGCGCGAACACCUCAGGGCCAAGAAGAGUCGCGAUCAGUACCAGAAGGAGGCCGAGAAAUCCAAGUCGGAGCACAAUAAGACCACCACUAUGAAGGACAAGCUGGAGAAACUGUGCAGGGAGUUGACAAAAGACAACAAGAAACUCAAAGAUGACAAUAAAAAUCUUGUGGAGAAGGAAAAAAGGGCGCGAGAAAGCAUCAAUGAACGUUUGGAUCAAAUGCUUUACGAUGUGCAGGAAGCUAUGAACUCCAAGACCAGCGCACAUCCUGAGAACCUUCAUCUUGAGCUUGACGAGCUAUUCAGGACGCGAUGCAAAGUUCUAGCAGAUCAAGCCGAAAUCCGGGAAAUGCACUUCAAAUCAAUACUUCGGCACAAGGACGCUGAGAUUGCUCACCUGCAAGCCAAACACGAGGUUGAGCGUCGAAGAGCAGACACUGAAGCAGCUCGGUGCCGCACCCUGACAGGCCAAGUGGGAACCUUCUCUCACACGGAAGCGGAGUUACGCAGUCAACUGAAUAUCUACGUGGAGAAAUUCAAGCAGGUGGAAGACACCCUCAAUAACAGCAACGAGCUAUUCCUCACAUUUCGAAAAGAGAUGGAGGAGAUGUCCAAGAAGACGAAGCGGCUCGAGAAAGAAAACCUCACGCUCACGCGCAAGCAUGACCAAACCAAUCGGAACAUCUUGGAAAUGGCCGAGGAGCGCACGAGGGACAAGGAGGAUCUGGAGAGGUUGAGAAAGCAGGAGCAGCGGAUGCGGAAUAUCAUCAAAAUCAUGCAGGAACAAGGCCGAGGUCGGCCGGUCCAGCAAGAGGCGGUGGACGAAGAAGGCACUGAAAGCGAGUAUGACGAAGAGUUCGAAGAUGAGGAUGAGGAUGACGAAGCGAGUUAUGAGGCAGAAGAGGAGUUGGCGACCGAAAUCGCGAAGCCAGUGUUUGGACCAGUGCCUCCACCAGAAAUGGUUGCCGCAAAGGCUAAUGGCCAGAAGACGGCGACGGCGGCGCUCGUCAAUGGUAUCCAACACUAA